UGUAAAAAGCAUUUUUAUAUAGUCCCUAAUUUAGUAUGUAGGAAAGUGACAUCCAAAUAUAAGCCUAAUGAAUGAAGAGAAAAAAAUGUUAAGCCUGCAGUAUCUUCUUAAGUCUAUAUCAGACAGUAUUGAAUCUUUAUUGAACCUCCCUCCCUUGUAGGCAGAUGGGUCCGGAGGUCACACCUUUUCCCUCCAAUGAAAGGGAGCCAAAAUGAUCUUCCUAAGGCACAGCUCUAACCAUUAUCACUGUUUCCAUUAAAGACUCACUCUUAAAAUCCUUAUUGCCUCUAGAAUUCAAUGCAGACUCCCCAGCCUGAUAGUUCAAGCCUUCUAUCAUUGCCCUAUUUCAAACUUCUCCCCUUCCUGGUCUCUUAUGUUCUGGUCAAACUGGCCUCUUGGCAGUUCCCUGGCCUCAGUAUGACUUCUCUCACUGGUAUGCCAGUAUGUUCAUAAGCUGCCCCCAUAUCUGUAAUGCACUCCCUCAGAUUUCUUUCAAAGUCCCACCCUACUUCCAUGGUUAAUGCCUCCUUUAAAUUACCUCCUGGCAUUUAGUAAUGGAUAGAGAAUCCAGAAGCCCUAUAUUUGAUAUCUACUGAGAGUAUUCCUCUGGACAAAUCACUUAGCUUCUCAAUGCUCUAGGAAGCCUAUGGAGACUAAAUUUCUGAGAAAGUGCUGGUCUCCAAGCAUAGAGGGAGUCAACAGAAUGUAAACUCCUUGAGGUGUUUCUGUUUUUUUGUUUGUUUGUUUGUUUAAGUUGCUGAGCACCCAGCCCCAGUUCCUUGCACAAGGCUAAGGAGUAACCUGGUAUUGAUAAAACAUUAGCCUUGGAAUCUUGAAGGCUCCAGGGUCAAAUCUCACAGGUGUGAACCUGGGGAAGUCAACCUUUGACCUCUGUCUUUAUAAAUGGAGAUAUUACUGAUUCAUAAUGUUGAUGUGGGGCUCAAGAAAUGUAAUAGAUGUAAUAGUCCUCUAAAGUUACAUAUCAGAAAAAUUAUUAUUAAAAGUUGUAUCUACAUGUAAUCUGGAAAGGAAAAUAUAAUUUAAAAAAUUUUGACCUCUAUAUAAAUGUGACCUGACCAGCAGUAAGGUGAGAUAUAGACCUUUCUUAAGGCCUUGUUCUAUGCUGAUCGUAAAGCUAAAGAAAUUAAUUGAAUGAGAUUAUACUUAUGGGUUCCUCUGGGCAUGAGAGCAGUUUAGGAACUAGCAAAGAAACAUCAGAGAUCUGGAGUGAAUAGAAGCUGAUUCAAAUGUGUCUCUGCUAAUUGUUUGGAGUGACUUUGAGCUAAUCAGUCUACCUUUUGGUCCUCAUAGUUUCCUCAUCUAUGAAAUAAAAAGGUGGAACUAGAGGUAUUCUAUGGAAAUUCUAGCAGGAAACAGAAACAAGCACAAUAGUUAAAUGUCAUUAAAUAUUAACAAAUACUAAAUAACACAGUUGGCAUUUAUUUAUAUAGCACUUUAAGGCUUGCAAGGGGUAUUUAAGUAAUCCCACUUGAGCCUCACAACAAUUCUGGAGGUAAAUGUUAAUAUUAUCCCAAUUUUAUGGAUGUAACUAAGUCAAAGAGAGAUUAAAUGAUUUGUCUGGGUCACAACGCUAUCAGUAUCCAAAUCUGCAUUCUAACUCGGAUCGUCCUUACUCCAGGUCUAAAGUUCAAGUGCUCCAUCUAGAGGCUCAUAAAGUCACUGAUUUCAGCUUUAAGCCUACAGACUGAAACUCCCACAGCCAUGGGAGGAGCCUAACUUGAUGGAACCAAUCAGAAGCCACACGUAACUGGUACCCUAUCAUGGGAGAGCAGAGACUUCCUCGAUUUCGCCCAUCGAAACGCACUGACCCUGCUUGCUCAGCGGUCUCCCGAGUCUGCGAGACUUGCUAGGCGCCUGCGCAGCAUCUUUUCCCGGCCCUCUCUCGGGAGACUGGUGGGGGUGUGUGUGGCUGGGCGGGAAAUACGUCAUCGCGCUGGGUGCGAUUGGCCAGCUGUGGGAGUUCUGAGGUAUGCACGUCGCCCUCUAAUUCCGUCAAGAUCUGCCGAAAUGUCUCCGGACCCGGGGCUCCCCCACGCAGAUUUCUUGAAGUUGCUCCCCUCAGACUCCUGGGAUCGGGGGACGCAGCGCUGCCGCCUGGGCCCUUUCGCCCUCCGUGCCCUGGGGGUCCACCUGGGUGCCACGCUGAUCAUCACCCUGCCAGACGGUGGCUCCUGCGUCUGCACCGCCUGGCCUCGGCGCGACCUGUCCGACGGCUUCAUACAGGUGGACCCAGUGUGCGCGAGCCCCGGCGCGGCCACGGGACCAUGGGGUCCCGGCCAAAGCGUCCCCCUGAGCAGCCUCCGCGCCGUGCCGUGCUCACGCCUGCGGCGCGUCAUCGUAUGGCCGGUAUUGCGGGAGUCGCUGGCACCGAGCGGAGCCUCGAGCCGGCUCUCAGUGCUGGAGGAAGCACAGGAGCUGCUGCGAAACCGGCCGGUCUCAGUGCGUUCGGUGGUGACGGCUCCCCCAGGCGCCGCCGGGACCGUGGCCGCCGUACACGUGCUUGGGGGCGACCCCAGCCCGGAGCCCGUGGGAUUAGUCACGCCGCACACCCUUGUAGAGCUGGAUGAAGCCCCGGCGCCCCCUGCCCCGGAGCUGCCCGUGGAGGCGACCCUGGGCGGACUGGCUGAGGCUGCCGCCGAGCUGCGGGAACUCCUGUGUCUCCCGAACCUGCACUCUGGCGCUCUAGCGGCGCUGGGCGUCUCCGUGCCCCGUGGGCUCCUCCUCGUCGGACCGCCCGGUGUGGGCAAGACGCAGCUAGUGCGUGCGGUGGCCCGGGAAGCACGCGCCCGGCUGCUGGCCGUGAGUGGGCCGGAGCUGCAGGGCGCACGGCCGGGCGAAACCGAGGAGAACGUGCGCCGUGUGUUCGCGCGGGCCCGCGAGCUGGCCAGCAAAGGGCCCGCCCUCCUCUUCAUCGAUGAGCUGGACGCUCUGUGUCCCCGGCGCGGUGGCCGGCACGGCGCCCCGGAGGGCAGAGCCGUGGCCCAGGUGCUCACCCUCUUGGACGGCGUGGGCAGUGAGCGUCGGGUACUCCUAGUGGCCGCCACCAACCGGCCUGACGCGCUGGACCCCGCACUGCGCAGGCCGGGCCGCCUGGACCGCGAGAUCAUCAUUGGGACACCCACACUUAGACAACGGAAGGAUAUUCUGCAAGUACUAACCUCAAAGAUGCCUGUCUCCAGUAAUGUGGAUCUGCUUCACCUGGCAGAAAUGACAACUGGCUACGUUGGAGCUGAUCUCACAGCACUCUGCAGAGAGGCCGCCAUGCAGGCUAUGCACCACACCAGUAAGAAUUCUGAAAAACCUGUGAUUGAUGCAGCAGAUUUCUUUGAAGCCUUUAAAAAAAUUCAGCCUUCUUCCUUUCGAAGUUUCGUUGGACUAACAGACAUUAAGCCAGUUAGCUGGGAACAGAUUGGUGGCCUUGAAGAUGUAAAAGUAAAAUUAAAGCAGAGUGUUGAAUGGCCUUUGAAAUUCCCUCGGGAAUUUGCCAGGAUGGGCCUGAAUCCACCUAAAGGUAUUCUCCUGUAUGGACCCCCAGGAUGUGCUAAAACCACACUAGUGAGGGCCAUAGCCACAAGCUGUCAUUGUUCCUUUGCAUCCAUAAGUGCAGCUGAUCUCUUCUCUCCUUUUGUUGGUGAUUCAGAAAAAGUUUUGGCUCAGGUUUUUCAACAAGCAAGAGCUAAUACUCCAGCGAUUGUAUUUUUGGAUGAAAUUGAUUCAAUCUUGGGAUCCCGAUCCAUCAGCAACACUGAAAAUAGUAUUCAGGAGAGAGUUCUUUCUGUCCUUCUCAAUGAAUUGGAUGGUGUUGGACUCAAGACCAUAGAAAGAAGAGGAAAUAAAUUGAAGUUACAGGAUAACUCUAAAGAAAAGAGAGAAAAUGAGGAGGAGGAAGAGCUAGAGUUCCAAGAGAUUUUUAAUCAAAAUGUCAUGAUAAUUGCUGCAACAAACAGACCCGAUGUAUUAGAUGAUGCCUUAUUACGUCCUGGAAGACUAGACAAGCUUAUUUAUAUUCCACCUCCAGAUCAGAAGGACAGACUUUGUAUUUUGAAAAUCUGCACUAAAAAUACACCUCUAGGACCUGAUGUAUCUUUAGAAAAUUUAGCAGCACAAACCUGUUUUUUCUCUGGAGCUGACCUCGGAAAUCUCUGCAAGGAAGCUGCUUUGCUGGCUCUAGAAGAAAAUGGACUAGAAGCAACUACAGUGAGCCAGGAGCACUUUCUGAAAUCAUUGAAGACUGUAAAACCAUCCUUAAGCCAUGAAGAUUUGACUUUCUGGGAAGGAUUUCAGAAGCAAGAAUUCUCGAGUUUACAGAAUCUUUAGAUAACUUUCAUCGUCUUAUCCAUUAAUAAAAUAAAACAUGGGUUGUUUUCCCCCCCUACAUUUAUGGAGGGCUUGGAGAGAACUAGGUCAUGCAUGGGUACAGGAGUGCCAGCUACAUGCACAGAGGGCCCUUAGUAAAACAAUCUUGCUUCAGUGGUUAUUUCUCCCCACCUGCCUGUUCAAUUAGCUCAUGGUGCAUGGAAAAGAACAGUGAACUUGAGUCAUGGGCUCCGAGUUCAGAUAACCUUUUCCACUUAAUGCCUGUGCCAGGGAGGCAGAUCACCAAUGGGCCUCAUCAUCUGCAUCUCCAAAAUUGAGGGGGCAGGACUAGAUGCCCCGAGCUCCCUUGUGGUUCUACAGUGAAGAUGGGAAUGCUUACACACCUCCCAGCCCUCACUGGAUACAUAUGCUAAUGGUGGCUACUGAUUGACAAGCUACUAUGAAUUCAGCAUCCAUGGUUCCAUGGUUCUUGUUCUUCCCCUCCCCCUGAAUUCAGCAUUCUUUUCAGUAAUUUCUAUCAAUCACAAUAAUAUAUUCCAUUUAGAAACAUUUGGUUGCAGCCUAGUCCACAAGGUAGGUCUACAUGAAUACACACAUGAUAGAGCAGCUCUAUCAAAUAAUUGAAGGGAUCCAGAACGGGCUUGGGGAGAUGAGAAAAUAGGGGAUCAGGAGGGCCAGAGACACGCUGGUAGCACAUCACAGCAAAGUUUAUUCAUCACAGCUUCUAAUUUAUAGAGACUUGAACAGGUUGAGGGAUUAGGUAAGCGUUUCACACAACAGAGGGUAAUGAUUUACAAGUUUAGUGCAAUGGAUUUGGGUUACAUCAUCAAAUCUAGACAGUUUUCUAUAGGCUGUUAAAUCUAUGUCAAUGUGUAACCAUCUGACCCAGAUUCCCAGAGAAUGUACAUCAGUGGGUCUUGUUAGGAAUGUACAGAAUACAAUCCAGUAAAGGGGAGGAGGGGUUGAAGCCUCUGGUGAGGGGGUGAGCUACGUGUCUGUCUAGGUGGUAGUAUGGCUACCCCAGACCUUUGCUGCUGGGGCGUCUUUUGGGCUUUGCAGAGUUUUGCUCAAUGGAGGCCCCUGGCUGUUCUCACACACAUAGAUUGCCACAUGACCAUCGUAUGCCUCCUGCAAUAGCCAACCCCAGUGAUCUGUGACCUAAGAUGAGCCACUCCUAUCCUUUGGAAGCCUCACUUGUGCUCAGCUUUCCAAUUUUGGAUUCAACUCUGACCUCAAAAGUAUGCACAAUUUUCUUAGUGAACAGGACCUAUAAUUAUAUCUCUAGAAUAUCAUAAAUUGAUACUCUUCACUUUGGCAGCAAUGUAGUGUUUUACUCUUUCGCCUAUUUCAAUUCCUGCCUCAGUUUAUUUGAGCAGAGAAAAAAACACAAGGCCCUUUAUUCAUGGUACCACCCAGGUUAAGAUUAUGAUCACUGCAAUCAAAUCCCUGGCUCCUUUUUGGAGGUUGGGGUGGCCUUAUUUGUAACUCAACUUGUGGCAAAGGACAGCUAACCACUAGUAACAUCGAAAGGCUGCACGACUAGUUUCUGUUGGCCUUGGUUAACUUGGCCAUCUUCUGACAGCUAACUAGCUGGAGUAAGCCCACUCUUUAAGAGGCAGUGGCAACUUGUAGAAGGAGCAAAGCCCAGCUAUUCCCUUCUGCCACCAGGUUAGGAAAAAGGGGAUGCCAGUUGGAAUUUCUGUAGAAAUACUGAGUGGGGUAAAUUGGUCAAUACCCCACCUGUGCCUGCUGGAGAAGAGUAAACUCCUAUUGAUGGAAAUAGGUCAUAACCAUAGGGGUCCCUAAAGGUUUCCCCUUGUUCAUCCUUCCCUUCCAUUUAGGAGAAGUAAAUGGUAAUUUGGUGCUACAUCAGGUAAUCCAUGAAUGCCUAAAGUGGUGAGUCAGCAGGGGCAGGGAAUGAGGAAAUUUAAAAAAAUAAUCAGAAGGAAUAAAUGCCAGUGAGACAUUUGUGAAGAUAAGUCUUAAGAUGAACAGCUGGAAAGAAAAUUUAUAGAUACACAAAUAUUUGGAAGUUCAUGCUCAAAAUUUUGUCUUGCUAAUGAAAUAUGAUUAAAAAAAUUAAAGAUUGCUGUUCUAAAAACAGGAUUUGGAAGAGGAUGUUGGAAAGGAACUUUUAAAAUUAAGUUUUUUCUUUUUUCCUUUUUGAAGUCCAAAUUCUCUCCUUCCAGCCCCUACCCUGCCCAUUAAGAAAACAAGCAAUAUGAUACCAGUUGUAUGUGUGAAAUCAUGCAAAACGGUUGAAAGGAACUUUCUAGAUGAAAUGUUAGAAUUAGAGAUAUCACACUUUCCUUGAAAGACAUUAUUCACUAGACAUGAAGCAAUAGACCUGUUGCCAAACAUAUAAGCCUUUUUCUUAAUCGUAUUGUCUGCCUCACAUUGAGAUUGACAGGUUGCCAACCAACAUUGAUCUGGUUUGGGGAGAUUGGGCUGAACAUCAUAAAUAUUGGGCAAAACAUUACCUAUGCUUUUAUUACUACAGUAUGAACUCAAGUUUUUAAAAUAGUAGCUAUACUAUUGAUUCAUUGAGUUUUAUAAUUAGGAAUUUAUAAUUAUUCCCAGUGCAUUUCAUCUAAUUAAAUUCAGCCCUAUAUUCUUGUUAAAAUCUUGGAUUCAAAUCUUGUCAUUCAAUCUUAGCAAUCACAUUUAAUUCAUGCUAUCUUCAAACUUGAUAAAUGUUCCAUCAGAUCCCAUUUCUGCUUUCAACUCAUUUAUUAAAAUGAAUAAAACAUGGUCAAAGAGAAGGGUCAUGUGGCUGCCCACUGGAGACCUUCCUCCAGGUUAAUUUCAAACUACUUGGUUUUGGUUCUGGUUAUUCAGCCAGUUCCAUAUUUAUACUGUUGACCUAGCCACAUCUCUCUGUCUCACCCACAGGAAUACAACAAAAGACUUUGUUAAAUACUUCUCUAAAAUCCAGCAUUCACCUUAUCUAUCAAUUUAGUUUCACAUUAUAUUGACUUUCAGUGCCCUCUCCCACCUAUGCUUUGGGAAUGUGAAUUGUCAUCUACUAAAUUACUGUAAACUUAGAAUUCACUUAAAGCAGGAUGUAUGUGAAUAGCCAAAAGACCCAAACAGUUCAAAAUAAAAAAGGUAAUCAUCAUGAA